GUGUACAGCUAAAAAUAUUGUACAUUGCAAACGUAGCAAGCACAGCCAGUCAGUUUUAACAAGUCCACGUAGAAAUACAUUACCUUUCUAGAAAAAAAAUAAGUAUUUGUAGUUCUUGUAAAACGAGUAUUGUAUGUUUACAGACGUUCGUGGUAUUUAAUAGUAUAUUAUAAUUAGUAAACAGCAUAAUUAAUUAAUAAAAAUAUGUCACUAAAACGAGUUGUGGCUAUUACCGGAUGCGACAGCGGACUCGGCUGGGCAAUAGCGGCAAGAUCAGCCAGGGAAGGUUUGAUUACCGUGGCGGGAAUGUACAAGGGCACUGAAACAAAAGCGGCACAGGCAUUGAUGAAAUUAAAAGUUCAUCCAUUCGCUCUGGACGUCACUGAUACCAAAAGUGUUACUGUGUUCAGAGAUUACGUAAUGUCACUCCUAGCAGAGAACCCUAAUUACAAUCUUCAUGCAAUUGUGAAUAAUGCCGGCGUAAUGACUGUAGGAGACUAUGAAUGGCAAACACCAAAAAAUAUAGAGAAUACCAUAAAUGUGAAUUUAUUGGGUGCCAUGAGGGUAGUAACAGCAUUUUUACCUGAUCUGCGGAGAAUUGCUUUGGAUAAACAAUCAAACCCUCGUAUAAUCAACGUAGCGAGUCACUGUGGUUUGCAUCCUUUGCCUGGAUUUGGAGUAUACAGUGCGAGCAAGGCUGGCUUGUUAGCUUGGACGCGAUCUUUACGCUUUGAGCACAGACUUUAUGGCUUAAAUGUCGUUGCUUUUAUACCUGGUGGUUUCAUUGGUUCAAGUAACAUUAUGGCAAAUCAAACCUCUCAAGGUAAUGCAAUGCUAGAACAAUUAAAUGAAGAACAAAAAUUAUUUUAUGGUAAAAGGAUUGAAGCUCUAACCAAUUAUUUAGGAGCAGCAGGGCAAAAUACUAAUUUCGAUUCAUUAAACGAUGAGAAAAUUAUCGAAACAUUUAUUAAAGCAUUGAUAGAUGAAGUUCCAAAGGAUUUAUAUAUUGUGGAGUCGUGGAGAUAUAUGUUUUAUUAUAAUUUGUUAAAGUUACCUCUUCCAGAAGCUUUUCAUCAUUGGUUAAUUAAACAAUUUCUUAGCUUUCCUGAAAAAUAAUAAAUAGUAAUUAAAUCAUGUUUUGAAUGUUUUA